GAAAUUUUUCGCAGCCGUUCCCAUCCCACCAACUCCUAGCAGGCAAGCCGUGGUUCUUUGUCUUGCGCCACAAGAGCUUUACUGUUAAUAGGCCAUAAUAUCAGCGCCCGAUCGCUUUCAAAAUGGCAGGCUCAAUCAACAAGCCAAAGAAGCCCAUGUCCAAGCGGACACCGGUGCGCCUACGAAACAAGAUUGAGAAAGCCUCGAAAGCCAAGCAGCGAAAGGACAGGAAGCUCGCCAAGAAGAACCCGCAAUGGGUCUCGAAAGUGAAGAAGGAUCCUGGCAUCCCCAAUCUCUUCCCCUACAAGGAGAGGCUGCUCCAGCAGAUAGAAGAGGCCAAGAUCCAGAAGCAGGAGGAGACUCGCCGGAGGAAAGAGGCUGCCAAGGCAGCCAAGGCUCAGCAGAAUGGCGAUGCUGCAAAGGAGGACGGCGCAGACUCGGACGCGGAGGAUAUGGACGACGACAUGAUGGAUGAAGACAUUGACGAGUCGAACCCCAUGGCGGCGCUCAUUGCCAGCGCGCGUGCUGCUGCCGAGAAGUACGACGAAGAUUUACAAACUGACGACGACGACGGGAUGGAUGAUGAUUCGGAUGCCAGCUCGGGCAGCGAAGGCGAAAGCGGGGCGAUCGAGGUCAGCGGUGGCGCAACCUCAAGAAAGGCCUUUGACAAGGUCUUCAAGCAGGUGGUCGAGCAGGCAGACGUCGUCCUCUACGUGCUGGAUGCUAGGGAUCCAGAGGGAACCAGGUCCCGGGACGUGGAGAGAUCCGUAAUGGCGGCAGCGAGUGGCGGCAAGAGGCUAAUUCUUGUGUUGAACAAGGUGGAUCUGAUCCCGCCGCCUGUUCUCCGAGGAUGGCUGACACACUUGCGCCGCUACUUUCCCACAUUACCUCUCCGGGCGUCAAACGCUGCCCCGAACGCACACACAUUCAACCACCGCGAUGUGACGGUUCAGAGCACAAGCACGGCUCUGUUCCGCGCGCUCAAGUCUUUUGCAGCGGGACGCAACCUGAAGCGUGCCGUUUCAGUCGGCGUCAUCGGGUAUCCCAAUGUUGGAAAGUCCUCAGUCAUUAACGCUCUUUUGUCACGCAUGAGCGGUACUCGCGGUCAACGAUCCGCCUGCCCUGCAGGUGCCGAGGCCGGUGUCACAACCGCAAUCCGGUCGGUCAAGAUCGACUCAAAACUGACACUACUCGACUCGCCGGGUAUCGUGUUUCCAUCUACGUCAUCGACAUCAACCUCCUUUGUCCCCAAGAACAAGACUGAAGCCCACGCCCACCUGGUCCUUCUGAACGCCGUGCCGCCUAAACACAUCGAAGACCCUGUACCGGCAGUAACUUUACUGCUGAAACGACUCUCGGCCUCUCCUGAUCUCCUGAAGAAGUUGACAGAUGUCUACGACCUACCUCCGCUUUUGGCAGAUGCUUCGGGCGAUGCGACCACCGACUUCCUGGUGCAGGUCGCACGUAAGCGAGGCAGACUGGGCCGCGGUGGUGUGCCCAACAUUGCCUCCGCAGCCAUGACUGUGGUUACCGACUGGCGCGAUGGCCGCAUCCAAGGAUGGGUUGAUGCACCUGUAUUGGCAGUGGCCACUGCGGAUUCCUCGGCCACUGGUGCCGGGUCUUCUGUAACUACCGUCAACGAUGAGGCUACUAUGCCCGACCAAAAACAGAUCGUGACUGAGUGGGCCAAGGAGUUUAAGAUUGAAGGCCUCUUUGGCGAUGGAGAAGAGGAUGCUGUCGAUCAGGAGGACUCGAUGAUGGAGUAAUACAAUGUGGCUGGCCGCUUCUGACAAGGGAAAAGCAGGUCGGAGAUGAGGGAUAUGUGGCGUUCAGGGCGUUUAGGUCAUGCUCGUAUGUCGACAGCACUUGGAACACACUUGUCAUGAAAAAAAAUACCGUUUUCUGCGCAGCCACGACGAAUCUUGAAAUGAUCAGCUGUGAUUUUGAGAGUUUGUGCAGCAUCCAGGGCAUCAUGCCAGCAGCUCCAGCAUUGAUGUAAAUGCGCCUGAACUGUGCUCCCCCGAUUCCGCUACUCAUUGGCCUGUGUAGGUCAGUGCUUUGAAUUUGCAGAGUCAGUUCAACCAAGUUUUCUUGGAAAGUUCCCCUGUCUGUCUGAGUGAUAGCAAGAUAACAGCAUGACCCAUCGAAUAAACUUUGUAGGAGCAGUGGAUUACUGUGGCAGAUCGCAAUGGUGUGAUAGAGAGUUGUCGGCUCUUUUAGUCCGUCUUGCCGGCAUGUUGGCCCCGCAUCUGGACUCUUAGACACUAUAUGCAGUGUCCUGAUUGGCCAUUGUGAGAGGGGCUGCCGUUGCGGGGUUGUGCUCUUAAGACAUUGAGCCGCUACAAAGCGAGCCCCAACG